AUGGCCCCCUCCUGCUGCUCCUCUUGCUGCAAGCCUACCUGUUGCAGAACCACCUGCUGCAAGACCACCUGCUGCAAACCAGCCUGUGUAACCUGCUGCUGCAGCACACCCUGCUGUCCAGCCAGCUGCUGCCAGCCUUGCUGUCCCCCAGCUUGCUAUGAAACCACCUGCUGCAAGACCACCUGCUGUAAACCAACCUGUGUGGUCAGCUACUGCAGCACACCCUGCUGUGAAUCGAGCUGCUGUGAGUCUUGCUGCUGUCCCAGUUGCUGCAUCAUCCCCUGCUGCCAGUCAUGCUGUCCCCCAACUUGCUGUGAAACCACCUGCUGCAAGACCACCUGCUGCAAACCAACCUGUGAGUCCAGCUGCUGCAGCAAACCCUGCUGUGAGCCCAGCUGCUGUGAUCCUUGCUGCUGUCCCAGUUGCUGCAUCAUUCCCUGCUGCUCUCCAACUUGCUGUGAAACCACCUGCUGCAAGACCACCUGCUGCAAACCAGCCUGUGUGGUCAGCUUCUGCAGCACACCCUGCUGUGAGCCCAGCUGCUGUGAGCCUUGCUGCUGUCCCAGUUGCUGUAUCAUACCCUGCUGCCAGCCCUGCUGCUGCCAGCCCUGCUGCUCUCCAACUUGCUGUGAAACCACCUGCUGCAAGACCACCUGCUGCAAACCAACCUGUGUGGUCAGCUGCUGCAGCACACCCUGCUGCAAACCCAGUUGCUGUGAGCCUUUCUGCUGCCCCAGUUGCUGCAUCAUUCCCUGCUGUCCCCCACAUUGCUGUGAAACCACCUGCUACAAGACCACCUGCUGCAAACCAGUUUCUGUGGUCAGUUGCUACAGCACACCCUGCUGUGAGCCCAGCUGCUGUGAGCCUUGCUGCUGCCCCAGUUGCUGCAUCAUCCCCUGCUGCCAACCAUGCUGCUGCCUGCCCUGCUGCUGCUAG